CUCGAGGCAUUGUCAUGGAAAAAGACCACCGCCUCGCUAUUGUCUCGCUCUCCACCAAAGUUUAUUAUAAGCGCCGCGCGGGGCAGCAGCACAGUGCGCUGUCAAACAGGAGCAGGAGAGACACGGACACACACACAGACGCACAGAGAGAAUAACCUGGACGAGGAGAAAGCAUGAGAAUAACAACCUAUAAGCAAGACGCUUAACACUGAAACAGGAGGGGGGGCAUUUUCUGGAUAAUUGUAUCAAGCUAAAGGAAGAACAACUGCGUCUCAGAGAAGACAAGGCAGAGAUCCGAGGGGACGGAGGACCGAGUCGAGCCGAGGAGAGCGUAGUAGCAGGAGACCUUGCUGGAAAUAGAGACAUUUCGACCAGCGUUCAAAGACAACGGCAUAUCCCCCAAAAAAACAAACACUGUUUCCUAGACGAAUCUUUUCGUUUUUAAUUCUCAAAUCGUGCGCGUCUGGUUUGAAAUACUCGUGGGUGUCACUCGCUGACCUUCGAUGUAUAAGAUGGAUUACUCGUACCUGAACUCCUACGACUCGUGCAUGGCCGCGAUGGAGGCGUCGGCCUAUGCGGACUUCAGCUCGUGUAGCCAGGCCAGCUCGUUCCAGUACAACCCCAUCCGGAGCGGGCCCUUCUCCAACCCGGGCUGCACCCCGCUCAGCACGGCCAGCUGCACCCUGGGGGCCCUGCGCGAGCACCAGCCCACCCCUUACUCCACAGUUCCCUACAAAUUCUUCUCGGACCCUUCCGGCCUGAAUGAGAAGCGGAAGCAGCGGCGCAUCAGAACGACCUUCACGAGCUCGCAGUUGAAGGAGCUCGAGCGCGUGUUCGCGGAAACCCACUACCCAGAUAUCUACACGCGCGAGGAACUAGCGCUGAAAAUCGAUCUCACAGAGGCCCGCGUGCAGGUCUGGUUUCAGAACAGACGCGCCAAGUUUCGCAAGCAGGAGCGCGCCGCCAACGCCAAGUCCAACGCCAACAGUUCGGGGGGCAGCGCCGGCAGCUCCACCAGCAGCAGCAGCUCUGCGGGCAAGAAGCCCGGGGACCACCGCUCCUCCUCCGACGACGACGAGUCCAAGGAGUCAACCUGCAGCCCCACGCCCGACAGCACCGCCUCCCUGCCGGGCUCAGCCAAUGGGAAUAUGGGCAGCCCCGCCAGCCUGAGCCCCAGCCCAGUGCCUCCAAACAGCGGCUACGCAAACACUUCCAGCUCCCCGGUGCUCCAGGGGCUGAAGGCCCCCAGCUGGCCCAGCCUGGGGCCCUCCAACCCAGCCAUGGCCCAGCCCGCCGUCCAGACGCAGGAGAUUCUGAAGGCCUGGCAGCCGGCAGACAGCAUGACCGGGCCCUUCGCCGGCGUGCUGUCCUCUUUCCACAGAAAACCCAACCCGUCCCUCAAGACGAACCUGUUCUGAAGCACACAGAGACACGCCACGCACGCAGAGGGCCAGAGAGGCUCUGUGGUCGGUUGAUUGGUUGGUUGAGGAACAUGAUUUUGUAUAGGUUUUGUGGAUUGGGGUUAGGGUUGGGUAAACGGGCGAAACCCACUUACAACAGGACUCCCCUGAAUCGACGGUUAAGUACUGCUGUAGUUCAGUGACGUCACUGGUUUCAGCAUCCUGCAGCAACAGAUCCACAACAACAACGGCAACAACAACAAGGGCAACAACAACAACAGGCUGUGAAACUCUUGCAAAGACCCAGAGAUUGAAGAAAAUCACAGAUCGGUGAUGAGUUUGAUUGCCGUUGUGUCAACAACGGGAUCGACAAUUCUCUAAACAUGCAGUGCACGUGUCCAGCACCACCCCCAGCCCCCCGCCCCUCCAGUUAUAGUGGACACAUGCCCAGCCCCCCCACACCCC